GACGGGUAGAAACUGCUUCUCCAAUAGAAAUCUCCGAUCACGCUUGUAGGCGAUGUCAUGGCAAUGUUGGCAAACUAGGCGCAUGCGGAAAAAUUACGUCAUUGUGCACGCCGUCAAAUUAAAGGCACUCCUUCAAUAUAAAGUCAUUUUUUAAGGAAAAUUAAAACGUGUCAGUUUGUCACUUUCACGAAGUUGGAGUGACAACACGUUCAACUACUUAAGACAUUGGCUCGAAUAUAGGUGGUGCCUUUAGAUUUUGAGAAAGUUAACUAAGGAAGAAUUUUUCACGUCUCUCAGCCCUCAACACUGGCUUGUUCCCGGAAGUAUCGCGAUAUUGCGCUUCUGGGUUUAGAAACUCUGUGCUAAAAGCAUCUAUCACUACCAAACCAGGGAAGAAAAAGAAAAGAGGAGAGAAAGGGAAGCGAACGCGCAAAUACAUGCAUACAAUGAUAGCAGAAAUUGGUGCCGCCGACAAUCCCAAGGCCAGCUCCAGCUAUCCCCAACCCCAAGCAGCUGUGAUCUGCCCGGACUCACCGGUUUCAUUCGCCCCGGACUACGGAGUCGGACAGCUGUUCAUACGUAGCGCCUCGUCCAGGAGGGACACACAGACGUCCGCGGGGAGCAUCAACCCAGACGAGAGCUCCAUCAAGCCGCUGGUAUCCGGAGUAUCCUCCGCUAUUACAGACGCCUAUAUCAUGACCUCUGAGGAAUUCAUGCAGACCGCUCCCUUGUUCGGCCAGAGGUCCAAGAGGAACGUUCUCUACAAGAUCCUGUGUUUCCUCAUUCUGAUAUUCCAAGGAGGCAUUCUAGAUUUCUACCUCAUUAUCUUCACGGAUCUGUACUGGUGUUCGUGGAUCGCCACGGAUCUGGUAGUGAUCUCUGGCUGGGGGAUCUUCUUCAUGAAGAACGCCAGGAGCAAGAGAGAGCGGGCGUGUGGGUUCCACCAAAAGAACUCUAUAUUCGGCUGUAACCUCGGCGAGUUUACCUACGCCUACCUGGCCUGGUUAAUCUACGUGAUCGCCUGCACCCCUAAAAUAGUCCUCAUUCUAGAGACUUCGAUAUUAGAUCUCAUCGCGCUCAAAGUUCCGUUCGGUGUAACCGGAUUUAAGAUUAUCAUGUUGCUCUCGGUCCCGUUACUCUACUGUCUCGUCAAUUCUAUCACCGAGGACCAGAACGGAGCUACGCGCCACCGGUCCCAAAGCUGCUUCAUAACCACCUGUCUGGACCUCGCAGACUGCUUUACCCUGGUGGAGUUGUUUCUGAAGAACGAGAUACCGACGGUCUAUUUAAAAUACACGGUCAUCUCGGUGUAUUUCAUCGCACUGGGCGUCCCAGUGGUGUGGUUAUACGAGUUGACAGCCUCCGAGAUGCGCUGUCGCUGGGUCUGGGCUAGGUUCCUGGUCGGUGUGUUGGUCAACGCCCCACUUCUGGUGGUGCGGUGUUUCCAGGUGUAUGUUCACAAGAUGCCCGUCUCAGUGUUCAUGUUCAAGAAUAUGUUCUUCCUGGCCUGUAAGUGUCUGGAGCUGAUAGAACAGUGUUUCACAUUGCGGGGAGUCAGGAGGUUCGGUGAGGGAAGCAACCCGGCGCAGUUCUCUCACUGUGUCUCAGAGAACGAGAUGUGUCCCCAUGGAUAUGUCAACACCCUGGCGGUUACCACGCAGUCAUAGGCCCGGCUUGGAUCUCACCCUGGCCGUCACCACCUAGACCUAAAACGUCCUGGAUUUUAUUUGAUCCCCCUGGAGGGUGGAAGGCACAUGAGUGAUGCUGAAGGAAGAAUUUUGAGGGACAGGGAUACGCCCUUAAACGGCACCCUAUGCCCUAUAUAGUGCACUACUUUUGACCAGGGCUCAUAGGGUUCUGAUCAAAAGGAGUGCACUAUAUAAGGAAUAGGGUGCCAAUGAGGAUGCACACCCACAGGUGUCAAUCAACGACAGCCUUAUUGACGAUUUUGUCAUUUAUUCAGAUGUGAACAUUUGAUAACAACAGGUGCUAAAGAAUCAUUAUGCAUCAACUACACCUGCUUAAGAUCUGGCCAUUUGCCAACCUGGCAGACCUGGCCACUGGCCAAUCUGGCAGACCUGGCCACUGGCCAACGAUUGUCGUUUUGAAAUGGGAGUCUUGGAUAUGGUGUCAAUGUCGAUGUAAAGUCAUGUUUUACAUUGGUGAAGUCUUGUCUCUCAAUCUGUGAAACUUCCCAAUAGCAUUUCCUAAUCAAUGAAUAGAUGGAAACCUUGUGAUAAUAUAGAUACCUAAUUAGUCUGUAAUUACGGUAUACGUAAUGAAUAUCAUGUUUAAUCAUGUCCUCUCAUUUCCUAAACUAUUUUGGGGGGGAAUAUUUUAUGUUAUCAAUAUAAAUCAAUUGAUAUUUCUUAAAGAAUUUGACAUCACUAUGUGUAUUUUACAAUGUGUCAUGAUGAUAUGAGAUGGAGCAGGCAGCUAUAGAACAACCUCUUUAUUAUACUGUGUCUCUGUCUGUCUGUGUCUCUGUCUGGCUGUGUCUCUCUCUGUCUGUCUGUCUGUCUGGCUGUCUGUCUGGCUGUGACUCUGUCUGUGUCUGACUGUGUCAUGAUGAUAUGAGAUGGAGCAGGCAGCUAUAGAGCAACCUCUUUAUUAUACUGUGUCUCUGUCUGUCUGUCUGUCUGUCUGUCUGUCUGUCUGUCUGUCUGUCUGUCUGUCUGUCUGUCUGUCUGUCUGUCUGUCUGUCUGUCUGUCUGUCUGUCUGUCUGUCUGUCUGUCUGUCUGUCUGUCUGUCUGUCUGUCUGUCUAUCUGGUCUGUCUGUCUGUCUGUCUGGUCUGUCUGUCUGUCUAUAUGUCUGUCUAUCUGGUCUGUCUGUCUGUCUGUCUGUCUCUCUCCCUCUCCUUAAGACAAGACCUACCUCUGCAUCCAGUCAAUAUCGUCUGUCUGUCUGUCUGUCUGUCUGUCUGUCUGUCUGUCUGUCUGUCUGUCUGUCUGUCUGUCUGUCUGUCUGUCUGUCUGUCUGUCUGUCUGUCUGUCUGUCUGUCUGUCUGUCUGUCUGUCUGUCUGUCUGUCUGUCUGUCUGUCUGUCAACAUGUGUACUGACAGUCUUGACUGAUGGAAUUUAUACAGUGUCAGCCUUGCCAAUUUGUCACCCAGAAAUGAACGGAGCUUCAAAAAAGUGAAUAUAAAUGUGAUAUCGUUUCGAUCAAACAUGAUGAGACAAUCUGCUCCAAGGUGCUAUGAAGGAAUGUGUAGCUGUGGAAUCAGAUGGGUGUGGCGUUGAUAUGCGUAAUCAGAUGGGUGUGGUGUUGAUAUGCUUAAUCAGAUGGGUGUGGCGUUGAUAUGCGUAAUCAGAUGGGUGUGGCGUUGAUAUGCGUAAUCAGAUGGGUGUGGCGUUGAUAUGCGUAAUCAGAUGGGUGUGGCGUUGAUAUGCGUAAUCAGAUGGGUGUGGCGUUGAUAUGCGGAAUCAGAUGGGUGUGGCGUUGAUAUGCGGAAUCAGAUGGGUGUGGCGUUGAUAUGCGGAAUCAGAUGGGUGUGGCGUUGAUAUGCGGAAUCAGAUGGGUGUGGCGUUGAUAUGCGGAAUCAGAUGGGUGUGGCGUUGAUAUGCGGAAUCAGAUGGGUGUGGCGUUGAUAUGCGGAAUCAGAUGGGUGUGGCGUUGAUAUGCGGAAUCAGAUGGGUGUGGCGUUGAUAUGCGGAAUCAGAUGGGUGUGGCGUUGAUAUGCGGAAUCAGAUGGGUGUGGCGUUGAUAUGCGGAAUCAGAUGGUUGUGGCGUUGAUAUGCGGAAUCAGAUGGGUGUGGCGUUGAUAUGCGGAAUCAGAUGGGUGUGGCGUUGAUAUGCGGAAUCAGAUGGGUGUGGCGUUGAUAUGCGAGGUGUUUGACAUCCUAUUGCCGGAACUCUGGAUUUUUAAAAAACCACACAAAAAAACCACUGCUAUUAUUACCUAACAGAAGACCCUUAUGUGCAUGAGAGAAAUAUAGGUCACUGUGCAACCAAUAGAACAGGGUUGAGAGAAUGCAGGAAUUACAGACAGAUCGGAGAAUAAAUCACGAUCGUAAACACUUGUCAUCUCAAAAUGUAGGUCUCUGUUUCUCCUCAUAGAUCUUCUCAUACAGUGAAAAACACCAAAAUGAUGUUUGAUAAAAAAAGUGCCCAAUUACAUAUUGGUAAUGACCGCAGUCUGCAGAGAAGACACUAUUGUACAGUUAUGUAACAUCAGCCGCCAUCUUGUAUUUACUGUGUUACAAAAAGUAGUACCUUUAGUUUCCAGUGCCUCGCCCUCUGGUCAUUAAAAUAGAUCUUGGAUGUGAUAUAAUUCAUUCAACCUAAUGGUGAUCUGUGACAUUUCCUGUUUGUCCUUCACUUUCUUUCUUCCUGAUGGGGGGGAAAAAAGGGUGAGCUGAAUAUAGCCUGAGUUCCAGUCUGUAAUGUGCCAUCAUGCCAGCUCCUUGUUACUCAGCCGGGCCAAACUGUUUGUGUUGUAUGGAGUUGGCUAGAACACCAACUGAUCUGAGACCAGGCUAUGAUGAAGAUGCAGGUAGGUGAUGAAUAGGAAUGAAAAAAAAACUUAAGAA